CUUCUAAAAAUACGUUGCGAGUUAAAAAUACAAAACAACUCAUUCUUCAAUCUUCAAUCUUCAGAAUUACGAUGAGCACCCUCUGACUCAACAUCAGAAAGAGAAAAAGUAAUUUAAAUAUUAAGUUCUUACGGGUAUUCGCGCGGGAAUCUUUACGCGGAAGUUAAAACCUGUUCCCUUCGCCACGCGUCACGUGUUGAUUGGCGCGAUCCCUUUCCCUCUCGCGCCCUCAAAAAUCCCACACUCCAUUGCAGACCACUCUUCCUUCACCAAUGGCUUCACAAAACCCUAAUCAGAGAAAUUCUCUGUACCCCGAAGUAAUCAAUUCGAACCCCGAUGCUCCCUCGCCCCUCCUCCACCCCAAUCACCCACCCUCUUCGCAGCCCAACCUCUACCCUUCCGUCGACUACAACGACCUCGUCGAAAACCUCUUCCCCGACCACGCCACCGCCGCUUCCCCCACCGCGCCGCCGGAGGCCACGGAGGAGCUCCUCCUCCGGAUCCCCGGCGCGAUCCUCAACCUCGUCGACAAGGACUACAGCGUCGAGCUCGCGUGCGGCGACUUCUCCGUCAUCCGUCUCCGGCAGGGCGACAACGCCGUCGCGGUGUACGCGCGCGUCGCCGACGAGAUCCAGUGGCCGCUGGCGAAGGACGAGACCGCCGUCAAAGUCGACGACUCGCACUACUUCUUCUCGUUCCGCGUCCCCAAGGGUUCCGAUCCCGAUGAGGACGAAGAGGAUCUUCUGAGCUACGGGUUAACGAUCGCGUCGAAGGGGCAAGAGGCGCUGCUGAAGGAGCUCGACGCGGUUUUGCAGAGCUGCAGCUGCUUCUCCGUGCAGAGGGUUUCGGAGAGUGCGAAGAAGAAAGGGGAGGCUCUGGAUGGGUCGGUGGCGAGGGAGGUUUCGCCGAAGGAUUUGGAGUCGGGGAAGAAGAAGGAGAUGAUGGAGGAGCGGUGCGCAGCGUAUUGGACCACGCUGGCGCCUAAUGUAGAGGAUUAUAGUGGAACUGCGGCGAGGAUGAUCGCUGCGGGGUCUGGACAAUUGGUUAAGGGGAUAUUGUGGUGUGGGGAUGUGACUGUGGACAGGUUGAAGUGGGGGAAUCAGAUUAUGAAGAAGAGGAUGGCUCCUGGUUCACAUGCUGAGGUUAGUCCUCAGACCUUGAAGCGGAUUAGAAGGGUUAAGAGAGUUACUAAAAUGACAGAAAAAGUAGCAAAUGGUUUCCUCUCUGGGGUCGUGAAAGUGUCUGGAUUUUUCACCAGUUCUGUGAUAAACUCAAAAGCCGGAAAGAAAUUUUUCAGCCUUCUACCGGGGGAAGUUCUGCUUGCAUCAUUGGAUGGAUUCAGUAAAGUGUGCGAUGCUGUUGAGGUAGCUGGAAAAAAUGUCAUGUCCACAUCAUCCACUGUCACAACCGAGCUUGUUGAUCACAGAUAUGGAGAACAAGCAGCUGAAGCAACAAGUGAAGGGUUUAGUGCUGCUGGUCAUGCUUUGGGUACCGCGUGGGCUGCUUUUAAGAUUAGGAAGGCUAUCAACCCUAAAAGUGUUCUUAAACCUACCGCCCUUGCCAAAGCUGGUGCUAAAGCUGCAGCUUCUGAAUUUAAGGGUAAAAAAUCCAAGUAAUUUAUGCCAGGAGUUCUUCUAUUUAGGUCUUGUCCAUCCUACAAUCGAAAACUGCUGCUUUUGGCUUUUCAUUACCCAUUUUUUCUCUAGGAAAUGGCAUGGUAACAUCAGCGCAUGAUUUGUUGAUGUUAUCCUUUCCGUUUUCAGUGUGUGUGAUUUGGAUCCUCCUGUCUUUCCAUAAUUGGUCAGAGUAAUCCGCUUAUCAUGUGAGAACCCACCAUGUUUGGUCGUGAGACCUUAUCUAGAUAUUGGAGAACAUGAUAGGAACCAAAUGUGUGUAUUUAUGUAUAUAUAUAUGCCUGUGUGUAGCAACCAUGCUUAUUGCUUGGGCAGCAAGAGGUUCACAAAUGAAUGGUGAUGGAUGUUGGAAAUUAAACUCACUUGUGGUUCUGGUCUCCAUGAAGUGUGUUCUUUGUUGGCAUCAGUUGUUUCCGAAGUGCGUUUGUAAUCACAUAUCACUUUUACUCUUUAUGGAACGAGGUAGUUUAGUGUUGUGCCACUUUCAGGUACAGUGAAAAUUUGAAUGUGUGGGUGGACGAUUGGAAGUUUUGCAAAAUCAGUGCUGGAGGAAAAGCUGCCCCGAUAAGGUUGUAUACUAUUUAUUGUCACUUUAGUUAGUUAUACAUAAUUUUCUUGAGAUAUUACUUUUGGAUUAAUGAUAAUAGAUGCGAUAUAAAUUAGAUAUUUUCACCUAACUUGAUUUCAUCUUAACACUUGUAUUAUGAUAUUUUCUGGAAUAUAGAGCUUUAUUUCUUUA